AUGGGAAAGUCGGGGUACGGAAAUCUGGAUGAACAGGGAGGGGGGAUCGAAACAUCAAACCGUAAAAUCUUAGACAGAUUAGAAGAAGUGCACGAAUCAGAUCUGAGUGAAGAUUUUCGUGCAGACACAGAAAAGUUUCUACAAUAUAUGUUCAGUACCGAACCAAACAAAUUGUUUGAUGGCAGUUCUAUUAAUGGAAGAAUGUUUGCCUCGUUGACUAAGAAAUACACAGAUUCACUUGCAAAUGGAGAAAUGCCGUGUAUUGAUGAUGCCUUGACAACAAUGGCAAAACAGGAAAAUGAAGUUGCUGUCGAAGAAGCUGUUGGCAUGUGUAAACGGCAGAUAGAAUCUUUGGGAGUCCUGUUGCCUGAUGAUUUUGAACGAAAAUACCAAAAAGGAGCAAUGGAUUCAUUUAAAAUAAAACAGAUGGUAGAAAAUAAUCUCUAUGUUCAACAGAAGUGCGCUAAAGAACUUCAGUCCAUGUAUGACAAAUUGAUUAAACCAAAAGUCGCCAAUGGAACAUAUCUUAAACCAGCGGGCUAUACCGAAUAUAGAGAGGACUUUGCUAUUAUAAGAGAAAGUAUCAAACAAAGUCUACAUGAAGUCAAUCCAAACGUUCUUAAGUUAAGUUGUCUAGAGUUUGAAAACCGAUGUAGAAAACAAGAUGAAAAAAUAUGGACGAAUUCCAGCAUAAAUGGAUUACAAAUAGAAGCUGAAAUUCAGAAACACGCUGAAAUGUUGGCAGUGAAAAAUGAUAAACUACUUCAAAAGGAAGAUUCGAAGAAAAGUUCUGAAGAAGAAAACUGGAAGGCUUUUAAAGAGGAACUGGCAUCUAAAAGAGAGAAGGAACGGAAAGAAUUAGAAGAAAAGUAUGCAAAGUUAUUUGCCGAUUAUGAGAGAGGAAAGAAAGAUUUAGAAAGUGCGAUAAAGGAAAAAGAAGAACUUAAUCAACGUCUCGAAAAUCAAAGCUCAUCUUACAAAAUUGUAAAAGCCAAACCUGCUAUGAAAAAAACAGUGUUAAAAACCAUGCUGAGCCUAGUCCCUAUUAUUGGUCCAGUAAUGGCUGGGGUGUAUGAAAGAUUUUCAUCUGAUGAUUAGGUUAUAAUUUUGUAUAAUGAGUGACAAUCAUUUUAAAAAGAACAGAUAAUGAUAAAUGCAGUUGCAUGUUUGGAUAACAGAAUCAUAUUCAUUUGCAUAUAUUUUAUUUAUCAUAUUACUAUAAAUGAGUGAAGGGUAUAUCGUCUAUAUACAUAUACGCAUAUUUUAUAUUAUUUACAUUUAUUAAGCAAAGUAGAACAAUUGACAGGAAUAUUCAAUUAAUGUGAUAUUGGGUUUCAAUCGUUGGUGUUAGAGAAAGAAGAAAGUAAGAAAACAAUUAUAUUAACUUUAAAAUAAUUUGGAUCUAUCGCUUAUAUAUUUGCCUUUGUCUUCAACACAUAAUCUGAUGGAAAAAAGUUUAGCAAGUUUGAAAAAAGAAAACUUUU